AAGAGAUCAUUGUGGACAAGGCGGUUUCCUGCUGCAGGGGAUUGAAAGUCAAAUUGUUCAUUGAGCAAACAAAAGGAACCAAAUUCCUGUGGUACCGUUGAACGUAUAAAUAACUUAAUACGCGAAGAGGAUUUCAUAUCUCAUGCGUUCAACAAAAAGGAUUUCUAAAUCAAGUAUUUAAGGCUGGUUGCCUACCAGAAAAAUAUUUAUUGGCAGAAUAGCAGAGCAAUUUUAACACAAGCAACAAUGACUCUAAAUACGGUGUUUAUUGUCAUCAUUUCAGCGACUUGUCUGCAUGGCUCUCCGCUUCAACCACCGACAAACAUUGAUCAAAGUGGACUGAACUACCUCGCAAAGUAUGGUUACGUAGUGCGCCCUGACCCACGAAGGGGUUCGAUCCUAGACGAAAAGCAGAUAGCAGAAGGGCUGAAAGCUUUUCAAAGGAUGGGAGGACUACCUGAAACGGGCGUAUUGAAUGAAGAGACGAAAAAAAUUAUGCAAGCGCCGCGCUGUGGAAUGGCCGACUUUGCCCCAACCGAUAACGUCAAAAGAAAGAGAAGAUACAAGAAGCAUGGCAAAAUUUGGAAUAAAAGAAAUCUAACGUGGGCAAUUGCCAACAGCAACAACGACAAUAUCAAGGACGAAGAUGUCAAAGAAAUGGUAAUAAAAGCCUUUAAGAAAUGGUCAUCAGUAACCAAUAUUAACUUCGAAGAAGACAAAAGUAAACCUGAUAUAUUAUUAAAAUUUACCAGAAAAUAUCACGACGAUUCAUACCCAUUUGACGGAAUGGGCGGCGAACUAGCCCAUGCAUUUUAUCCGGAGGGUGGAGACGAUCUUACAGGAGAUGUUCAUUUUGAUGAUGACGAAAUAUUCAGUAUAAAAUCUUCAAAAGGAAGAGAUCUGUUAUGGAUCACAGUCCAUGAAGUUGGUCACAGUCUUGGGCUGGAUCACUCAGGAACGAAGGGAGCAGUAAUGCAUGCCCUCUAUAAAGCUACUAAUGGGCUUGAUUUUAACCUCCACAUUGAUGACAUACAAGGUGCCCAAUCACUUUAUGGAGUAAGAGACCAACCGGCAACAGCUAGUCCGCCGCCUGUUCCUGAAAAGAGAGGCAAGAUUCCUGGAAGUCAACUGCGGUUGUGCUUAAAAAGGGCCAAAGCUACAGUACUGACGGCCAACAAAGACACGUACAUUGUCAACGACGACAAAUCGUACAUUCUCGACCGUUACUUGAGGAGCAAAAAAGGCCCCAUUCCGACGUCAGAAUUAUUCGGUGGACUCAAAAGAAUCGAUGCAUUAUUUAAACGACAAUGGGAUCACAAACUUGUUGCAUUUAGUGGAAAUAAGUAUUACGUAUUUGAGGAUACAAAGCUUGUUGGUGGUCCUUAUUAUAUCAGUGAUGGCUUUAAAGGUCUACCAGCAAAUUUCGCUGACGUGAAAGCAGCGUUUGUUUGGCCAGGGAAUAAUCAGCUAUACAUAUUCAAAGAUGCGCAAUAUUGGAGGUUCAGUCGUAUCCAAAGCCAAGACAAAUAUAGAUUGGACUUUUAUUAUCCUAGAAAAACGCGCCAUGCUUGGAGAGGCGUUCCAGAAGAUUUUGAUAGCGUCCUUACUUGGAGGUAUGAUAAGGUCUAUUUCUUCAAAGGAGAUCGCUACUAUAGAUUUAACAAUAGACGAUUCCGGGUCGAGUAUGGGUACCCAAGGAGUGUUUGGGAAGACUGGAGUGGGUGCCCUUCACAGUUAGCUGUAACAGGAGCCGCAGAGACCAGGACUGUAAAAUCAACGCUUGUGCUUAUUUUGCCGUUAUUAUAUUUUAUUUUGCAUUAAAUACGUGUAAACUAAUAAGAAUAUUGAUAUGUUAUUGGAAAUGUAGAGUUGUGUUGUUAUUGGUGGUUAGGUUUUUAUAUGAAAUAUGUAUUUAUAUUUUUAUCGAAGUAAAUGUGAAAUUUUAUCAAAUUGACAAACAUUUUGUAAAUAUAGUUGAUGUUUUUGUUAGGUUGAGUAUUUAGAGACAAGUAUCAGAAAUUAUUUGCAGCAUUAUUUGAAACAUAUCCGAGCAUAUUAUGAAGAAAUAUUUAAGGUUUA